AUGCUCAACAUGGGUGGACCAGCGACCGUGCCCGAGACCCACGACUUUCUCAAGAACCUCUUCAUGGACAGCGACCUCAUUCCUCUCCCAUUCCAGUCCAUGAUUGCGCCUUGGAUUGCCAAACGGCGCACACCGCAAAUUGAAGCGCAAUACACGGCUAUUGGCGGUGGUUCCCCAAUUCUCCGUUACACCGAACUGCAGGGGAAGAGCAUGGCCACUCUUCUCGACGAGUUGCAUCCUGAGACUGCCCCACAUAAAAGUUAUGUCGCGUUUCGGUACACUAACCCAUUGACAGACGAUGCGAUAAAGAGGAUGAAGGAGGAUGGCGUUAAACGAGCCGUCGCGUUUACCCAGUAUCCCCAGUACAGCUGCAGCACUACUGGGAGCAGCCUAAAUGAGAUAUUCAGGAAAGGAAAAGCGGGAGAUAUUGGAGACAUUGAGUGGAGUGUUAUUGACAGAUGGGGGACACACCCGGGUUUCAUCGAGGCAGUCUCACAAAAUAUAGAAGCAGCUCUGCAGAAAUUUCCCGAAUCCACUCGCUCGGAAACUGUUCUUCUGUUCUCCGCGCAUUCGCUCCCCAUGUCCGUCGUCAACCGUGGCGACCCGUAUGUCCUCGAGGUGUCGGCGACUGUCUCUCGUGUCAUGGACCGUCUGAACCAUUCCAACCCCUACCGCCUUGUAUGGCAGUCACAAGUCGGUCCCUCGGCCUGGAUGGGCAUGCAGACAAAUGAUGCAGUUAAGGGGCUUGCGCGCCUGGGGAAGAAACAGGUCGUCUUGGUCCCGAUCGCUUUUACCAGCGACCACAUCGAGACAUUAUACGAGCUGGACUUGGAGUAUGUCAAGGAAGCAAAGGAGCAUGGCAUCGACGCACAGCGUGCAGCCUCUUUGAAUGACUCGCCUGUUUUCAUUCGUGCGCUUGCUGAUAUCGCCGCGAAGCACUUAAAAGACUACUCCACCGGCGCCAUCGGCCAUACGUCCGUACAGAUGGGCUUACGCUGUCCAGGCUGUACUAAUGCUGUAUGCGGGCAGCAAAAGGCGUGGUUCGCUGGAGGAGGGCAGUAAUGCAGUCGAGAUAGAGGUUGAGCGCUGCGGUUCCAUGCUGAGCAUGGUAUAUCUUGUGUGCAGUCGCAUUUGGACUUUGUGAGUUCGUCGAUACUGUAGACGGGGACUGAUGAUACCUCGUGCCUAUGUGUUGACUUGUCAGUAUGCAUGUUUUAGGGCUCUAAAAAUCACCACCUGCCACU